GGAAGUGAGCGCUGACUGCGGGGAGAGGAAAAAUCCCGGCCGGCGGAGGGGCUCGCCGACGCUUGCGGUGGCUGCGGUCGCGCCGAGGGAGCGCGCGGCUGAGAGGCAUCUCGCGCGGGGAGGAACCUUCGUCUGGCUCCGCUUCCAGAGCGAGCGAGAGCAGCGCAGCCACAGCGGGAAGGGAAGCGAAGGAAAGGGAGGCAAGCAAGCAGCCUGCUCCGCCACUCAAGCCAGCGACCGCCGGUAGCAACAAGGGCGUUAGGAGAGAAGGAGAAGGAGGAGCGCCGCCGCCGCCGCCACCUGCAAAGGUUGUAAAUGUGAAAACUAGUCAUAACGUUUUCAUCACUGUGACUGUGAAUGGUCGCUGUAUAAGAUGGAGCAGCUCUCAGAUGAAGAACUUGAUCAUGGUGCAGAAGAAGAUAGUGAUAAAGAAGAUCAGGAUCUGGAUAAAAUGUUUGGGGCUUGGCUUGGAGAGUUGGAUAAACUCACACAGAGUUUGGAUACAGACAAGCCUAUGGAACCAGUUAAAAGAUCCCCUCUUCGCCAGGAUGCUAAUAUUGCCAACUUCUCUUACCGCUUUUCCAUGUACAACCUGAAUGAAGCCUUGAACCAAGGUGAGACUGUAGAUCUUGAUGCUCUUAUGGCAGAUCUUUGUUCCAUAGAGCAGGAGCUCAGUAGCAUUGGGUCACAGUCCGCCAACAGUGCAUCAAUGAAAUGUUUUCCCAUAGAAGGGAAAAUGACCCAGAAACCAUCAAGUGGUAGCCGACUUCCUUCCAAGCACGGUAGCAUGAAAGGAUUAUCUUCAUCUAGUCAAGUAACAAAGCCUUCACAUGCUAUCUUCUCUCUGGAUGACAUUACUGCGCAGUUAGAGAAAGCAUCUCUGAGUAUGGAUGAAGCAGCUCAGCAAUCUAUAAUUGAAGAUAGCAAGCCUGUAGUUGCUAUUCAACAUAGGAGGACAGCAUCAGCUGGUACUGUGAGUGAUGCUGAAGUCCGUUCUAUCAGUAAUUCGUCCCGAUCUAGUAUCACAUCUGCAGCAUCCAGUAUGGACUCCCUGGACAUUGACAAGAUGACAAGACCUCAAGAGUUGGAGUUGACCUCCCAUGGGCAGCCCAUCAGUGAGCACUCCUAUUUGGACAGGGAAACCUCCCUCCUUCUGAGAAACAUUGCAGGAAAGCCUUCUCAUUUGCUGACCAAGGAGGAACAGGCUGCUAAACUGAAGGCUGAAAAGAUCAGAGUUGCUUUAGAGAAGAUUAAAGAAGCACAAGUUAAAAAGCUUGUGAUAAGAGUCCACAUGUCUGAUGACAGCUCGAAGACAAUGAUGGUAGAUGAACGACAGACAGUAAGACAAGUGUUAGACAACUUGAUGGACAAGUCACAUUGUGGAUUUAGCUUAGAUUGGUCCUUAGUAGAAACAAUCUCUGAAUUACAAAUGGAGAGGAUUUUUGAAGACCAUGAAAAUUUAGUUGAAAACCUCCUGAACUGGACAAGAGAUAGUCAAAACAAGCUCAUGUUUGUUGAACGUAUAGAAAAAUAUGCCCUUUUUAAAAAUCCCCAAAAUUAUCUUCUUGGGAAAAGAGAAACCUCUGAAAUGGCAGACAGGAACAAGGAAGUACUACUGGAGGAGUGCUUUUGUGGAAGCUCAGUAACAGUGCCAGAAAUCGAGGGAGUCCUGUGGCUGAAAGAUGAUGGUAAAAAAUCUUGGAAGAAACGUUACUUUCUUCUGCGAGCUUCUGGAAUCUACUAUGUUCCAAAAGGAAAAGCAAAGGUCUCACGAGAUCUUGUGUGCUUUCUUCAAUUGGAUCAUGUUAAUGUUUACUAUGGACAAGAUUAUCGCAACAAGUACAAAGCUCCUACAGACUAUUGUCUGGUACUAAAGCAUCCCCAAAUUCAGAAGAAAUCUCAAUAUAUUAAGUAUUUAUGUUGUGAUGAUAUCAGAACCCUUCAUCAGUGGAUAAAUGGCAUCCGUAUUGCUAAGUAUGGGAAGCAAUUAUAUAUAAACUACCAAGAAGCUCUGAAAAGGACAGAAUCAGCAUAUGAUUGGACAUCCCUGUCCAGUUCCAGUAUUAAGUCUGGAUCUAGCUCAUCUAGUUUACCAGAAUCUCAGUCCAACCACUCAAAUCAAUCUGACAGUGGAGUUUCAGACACUCAAACAGGACACGUCCGUUCCCAAAGUAUUGUUAGCUCCAUCUUUUCAGAAGCUUGGAAGAGGGGAACUCAGUUGGAAGAGUCUAGCAAGAUUAACGCUCGAAUGGAUUCAAUAAACCGACCUUUCACUUCACUUGUAUCGCCUUUAUCUCCACAAACUAAAACAGCUACUCCAUAUUCAGCAUCACAACCAUCACCUCCCCUUCCACCUCCUCCCCCUCCCCCACCUCCACCCCCACCUCCUCCACCCCCACCUCCUCCCCCUCUUCCUGGUCAGUCUGUGCCAUCUGGAACCAGCUCAGCAACAGUGUUUGUGAAAUAUAGCACUAUAACAAGACUACAGAAUGCCUCUCAGCACGGUGGGCUUCUUUACAAAUCACCUAUCACAAUACAGCAGCCACCAUCCCCCCUCCCGCCUCCAGGAAAACCUCAGAUUUUAGUACCUCCAAAUGGUAUAAUCCCACCCCCUCCUCCUCCUCCUCCUCCCCCUACUCCAGGAUCAGCAAUGGCACAGCUCAUGAAACCUGUGCCUUCCCACCCAUCAGUACCACUAUUCACACCGCCACCGCCUCCUGCGCCCCCUCUCAAAAUUCAUCAAGUUCACCAGAACAUUGUUCAGUCUGCAACUUUGCCACCUCCACCACCUUCAGGGCCAGCACCUCCACCUCCACAAGCUCCUCCUAAGCCUACUAUGACUCUCCCUACACAAAACAGUGCAAAAUCUAUCUCGGCAGUCGUAACACAUCCAGUGCCGCCACUUCCUGUUCCUUCAGCAGUAAAGAAGCAGUCAAGUUUCACCACUCCACAAAUUCCAUUAUCUCCUGCUUCACUAGGUCCAUCUCCUCCACCUACUCUGCCCAAGCAGCAGAAUCACUCUAAUAAGCUUCCUCCCUCUCCACAGUCUCCUGUGCCAUCCGUUGUGAAGCAAAUAGCCAGCCAGUUUCCCCCUCCUCCUAUGCCAGCUUCAGAGCCCCAGCCUUUAAAACCUGCCCCUCUGAGUGUACCACCUCAGUCUCCUCCAGCUGUAAAAGCUAAGCCAAAAUGGCAGCCAACCUCUGCUCCGUCCCCUGAUUUUCCUCCUCCACCCCCUGAAAGUAGCCUAGCAUUUCCUCCUCCGCCUUCUCCUUCUUCUUCUCCAUUGAUAGUAUCCCCUACACCAGAUAAGUCAGGAGGUUCUCCAGUCAAAAAAGGUAGUAAGACUUCCAGUCCGGGAGGGAAAAAGCCACCUCCUACACCACAGCGCAAUUCCAGUAUAAAAUCAAACAGUUCAAUUGAAUCCAGUGAACUUAAGAGACCUUCAGUGGAUGUCUUAGUUAGCAAAUUUGCACAUCCCCCAGAGCCCUCCGGAUCUCCUGGCAAGGAAUCCCCAACUCCACCUGCAGCUCCUCCAAAGCCAGGAAAGCUCUGCCUGCCUAUCGUUCUUCAGCAGGCAGGUAUUUCAACAAAAUCACCUGCCACAGGAGCACUAGGCAAGGGUGCUGCCGAGGAAUUUCCUUCUCCUCCAUCAGAUUCAGACUUUCCCCCUCCACCACCUGAAAUCGAUCUUCCUUUACCUCCCGUAGAAAUUCCUGCUGUCUUUUCAGGCAAUACCUCGCCAAAGGUUGCUGUCGUCAAUCCCCAACCUCAGCCUUGGUCUAAGUCAUCUGGGAAGAAAGCUCCCCCUCCAACACGUCCCAAACGCAAUGACAGCACUCGUCUCACGCAAGCAGAAAUGGUGGAGUCGCAGGUUGUUGUCAGUGCACAAGUGCCCACCUCGCCCAAGUCCGGCCUUAGCGUUCAGCCUGGUUUUCUGGCUGAUUUGAAUAGGACUCUGCAGCGUAAGUCCAUCACUCGACAUAGCUCCCUCUCCUCUGCCCGGAUAUCCAGAGCUGAGCCAACCGCUACAAUGGAUGACAUGGCCUUGCCCCCGCCCCCUCCAGAACUUCUGACAGACAAGCAGAAGACCAGCAACUUUGGGGGUAGUCAUAUAUUAGGCUACGCAACCUUAAGGAGGGGCCCACCUCCAGCACCUCCAAAGAGGGAUCAAAACACCAAACUGUCUAGGGACUGGUGAUGUUUAGGAGACCCCUCUUUGCAUUGCCAGCAAACCCUAACCGGGACACAUCUGGUACUGAGACGCCUCAUCUUAAUAGCUGUGAACUGAAGUCUGUUUUAACAGUAGCUGUGGGUAGUGACUACAUUCACUUCCAGAAACGGUCCCUGAAGCUUUGCUUAUUUGUGUUCUGUGUAUUGGGGUGAAGGAUGGGAUGAGUACUACUUCAAAGUUCAAAUACUACAUAAGGAUUGGACCAAAAUCUUUAACACUAUUUUUCCUGCUGUUCAGGAAAUAACUGUUGUCUGUCAAUGUGGGACAUGUGGGUGCAUGUAUUAUAAAUGUAGGUAUAUAAUAUAUUGUGAAAUAUUUUGUUGGAAUUGUAGAGACUCACCAGAAUGUUUUUGUACAUCUGUAUUUAUUGUUUCAGUCAACUGAGGUUUUUAUCAGAAAUUGGAUGAUGUAUUAGAAAAGUCAUUUGCUUUUGAAAACAAAAUUGUUGGGGCACCUUAGAUCAUUGGAAACCUCUUUGGGCAGUUGGUGACGGGUAUGCAGGGCUGACAAAUUCUGUCAGUCUCUGCGCAGAAUCAAUUGAUUGAAAAAUUUGGACACAGUCUACCAAAACAUUCUGGUUGUAAUACUACUGAAUAGAAAUCCAUAUAGAGAAAAAGAAAAAUGCUGUACAGUGGGGCUGCAGUUUAAGAUGUUGGGUAAUAAAGGCAUUCUGUUCAAGAAUUCUUUAAGGGGGAAAAGCCCCUUAAAAUAAAUCAGAACUUUCUCCCAAAUAAACACUGGUAAGGAUUGGGCUUAAACUUAAUGUUCUAGUCACACGUUCUAAAGAGGAAUGCAUAAGGAAUUGAACAUAUCAGAAUGUUGUGCUUUGGAAACCGGAUCAUCAUUCCCCAAACCCUCAAUGGGAUUAUUUGGACUGGUGAUGCUCGAUUUAAAUUAACAUUUAUUUCACUGUCACAUACAUGUCUGUUUUGGUUAAGUGAAAAUGGUGUACCAGAAGGCACUCGAGAUAUGUUGCUGUCAUGUCUGAUCACCAUUUCUCUUUAACUGGUGCUGCUCAUCAAAUUGCCUGUGUACAAGUUUACAUAUAGCGGGUGCAUCUCUCUCUCUCUCUCUCUCUCCCUCCCUCCCUCCCUCCCCCUCUCUCUCUCUUUCUCUUUUCUCUCUCUCUUUUCUCUCUCUCUCUCUCCCUCUAUCUAUCGCCCCCUCUCCUUCCCUCUUUCUCCCUCUCUCUUUUUCUUCAGAAUAAAACUUAAUCAGAUAUUCAAAUAUUACAAACUCUUAAAAGGAAAAUUCUUUAUGAACAUUCAAAACCAGUAAAUAGUGAGGAUGCUAUAGCUUGCCUUAAAAGAACAUGGCAGAUGAACACCAUGGGGUAACACAGCUUAAAUCAAAAGUAUCAGAGGAAGCAACUAUCAAAUUGUGUUGAAAUGACAGGAGUGAUGUGCAUUUUGGUAUAAAAACUAAAUAAGAGAAGCAUUGGUUUCAACUAUUUCACAAUUUAUGGCCGUUGAAAUAGCUCUUCUUCCACUAAGGUUUGUGGGUAAGCCAAAUGUUAAUUACAGAACCACUGUUUUAACCAGAAAUAGCCUAGGAUGUAUAAAACAACUUAAAAUAACUACUGUACAUGUGCUGUGCAAUACAGGGGAUUGUAAAAAUGUGUUUUUAAAUUGGCAGUCGUAACUGAUAGUUCAUGAAGACAUCACUGGUUUAAAAGAAGAUCCAGAGUUACUAGUUUGGAUUAGUGUUUGAAUCUUCGAAGGUUAGCACAGUCUCAUCCACAUGUGGAUGUAGUAACCAGAAGUUACUUCUGAAGAUUAGACAUUUAAAAUUACUAAAACACACACGCCUGGACUUCUGUUAGAAUUAUUACAAAAUUCAUUAGAGAGUAUUUGUUCUAGAAAGAAGUAAGGAAAUGUGACAUUUUUUUCCUUUGUAGAACUUAAAAAUAACUCUUCACAACAGAAAAGUGGUGCUAUGUCAUUGGAUGCUGAAAUCAUAGUAGAUGAUUUGCUCUGCCCUAGAUGUAUCCUGGGCAUAUUUUUCCUAUUUGACAAUAUUUUAUUGAGCAAUAAUAAUAUACCAUUUUGUGCAUUUUUAAAGUACUGCUAUUAGAAGGCACUUUUUUUUUGUAUCUUUCAAAGUGUUUGGGAUUACAAAGUGUCCUUAGCUAUUAACCACAUUUGCAUUAGUGUACUUUAAUACAUAUUUGGCUUAUGUCUUAUGGUAUGGUCUUUAUUUUUUAAUUUUACUUUGAGAAUACAUUGGUGCUCUGCCUUUUUAUUCCUGUUGGUUGCUGCUGCUGCUGCUUGUUGGCUCUGGGAGAGGAGGUCUCAUUUUGUGAAUAUGAAACUGAGGGUUUCUGUGGGGCAGAGUUUGUUCACCUCGUUCCUUUGGAGACAGGCAGUGUUGAAGUACUGCCUGAAUUCACUAAUUGUAACAAAAUAUUGUCUUAUGCAAAAAAUAAGCAAUACCUAUGACCAAAAACAAUUGUAUUAGUUAAAUAUCUGAGGCCAUCAAAUUAAAUUAUGUGCUCCAAGGAAGGUUUUUGAUAGAGAAUUUAACCUGGGCAGCAGCAGCAGGAAGAGCACAGGAAUGCCUUUUCCCAGACUUUUGGUCUUUUAAAAAGAAUAUUAAAAUAGAACUUUCUUUCCUGGUUGCUCCCAUUUCGCAGGUGUAAGUUUCUACACUUUAUUUCUCUAAGGAGGUAUGUAUCUAUUACUAACAUAAUGAAGUCUCAUUACCUACUUUCUUUGCCCCUUUUGGUUAACUUCCUCUGGCUUUAGUACAUCACUGCUUCUGCCCUUGCAGCUCUUCCUUUUUCAACCCUUCUCAAGGGCCUUUGGUUAAGUAUCUGAGAAGUGAUGAAGUAUCACAGAGCAGUAUCAAUUUGAUUGGCUUUGAACCAAAUAGGUAGGCUGCAUUUUCCAUUAAAAUCAUUGCCCUGAGCCUAAUAUAUCUGUAAUUCCUUUCCAAAGGCCUGAGUUUUGUAUCAGAUUGUUCAAGCAUUCAUAUUUUCUUUUUGAAUUAGGAUUUUAAAUACAUUUAAUGUCUUUAGCUCAAGGCUAGUUUUCUUCAAACUUUUCCCCAAAAGGCUCUAAACUGGGAGUUUAUGGUAUAUCAACUUUGAAACUGAGAAAUCAAAAAGCGCAAAUAUAUUUAACUCCAGAGAUGGUUAAAUACCUAAAUAUCAUGAAGAGGGAAUGUCUGAAUUAUGGCUCAAUUUAGCUUUUGAUGAAUAAACAUCUCAUUUCCACUGGCAUUUAUUUUUUGGGUUCAUACAUUGAUCAGUAAAAUAUAAAUUUGAACAGCUUUUUAGCCUUAAAUACUUAAUUCUUAAAAGAUAUAAAUUGGGUUUUAGAUUUUAAAAAAAACAGGGUUAGAACCAAAAGCAAAUUUCUUCUUAGAAUUAUUCUUCUUAGAAUUAUUCUGGAAGGAGGUAUGUCUAAAAUACAUUGUUAACAAUAGGAUGAAAUGAUUCUUCACAAUAUUUUUAAGUGACUUCUAUAUGCCCUCUAAACCUAUUAAUAAAUUAUUCUUUUGAAUAAUUCUUGAAAAUAUAUAAAAGCUAAAAAUAUUUUUAAAAUAUGAUAAAACUGUAUCUUUAUUGAGAGGAAUGUGUUAAGACCAAAGGGAAUUUCCAUCAAUCUCUAUGGCUGCCCACAGUUGGGCUGAGGUCCCUGGGCAGGAAAAUGGUGCAUCACAAUUAUCUCUCUCCUACUAUUAACUAUUUCUGUGUCUGCUGCAUAUGUUAUACAUGUAUACCUCUAACCUUACAUGAAUGGAUGGUUGGUCCUGAUACAUUACAGCUGAACAUCUAAAACUAUAGUGCUCAUUUUGUUAAAGCAUAAAAUGCUUGCCAUUUGUGGUUAUGAAACUUAUUAGAUAGCAAACUAUUUCAAUCAUAUCAGUAAUCUAGUCUUACGUGAUGUACAAAAUGUUAUUUGGUAUCUGCUGCUUCAGUGUAGGGUUCAGUUAAAAUUUGGUUCCUGGCUUUCCUUCAACUAAUUAUACUGUAUUCUUCCCUAGUUCAUACAUUUGAAGCUUACAGAAGCUUCCACAAAUGUAACAGGAAGCAGCAUCUGGCUCAUGUAGUACUUUCUUGCAUUGUUACCACUGCCUGGUGGAAAUUAGAAUAUGUAGAUUGGAGAGUUAAGAGAAUUUCUGUAUGGUAUUCAAUGCCCUCAGCAGUGAAUAGGAUAGCCCCGCAAAAUUGGGGGAGACCUUGUCUACCAAAGAAAAAUAGGAUAGUCUGCGAUCUCUCCAGGACUGCUUACACCUUCAUGAACGCAGGCCAUAGUACAAAUGUUUUGGAAAACAAGGUUUCUGAUCCAAAUGGGUAUUGCCUUUAUUUUAAUGUGGGUGUAUCAUUCUAAGGUACCUAUUUGUGACUCUGCUGCAACAUACUUUCUUCCCCCCCACUCCCGCCCAAUCUUUGUAUUUUGUCACCAGAAAAUGGGUUAGGUCAAUACUUGUCUGCUUAUCCCUGCUUUUCCUAUUUUGUAAUUGUAAAUUUUAGGAUUGUAAAUUGUGGGAAAGAACAUUUGAUUUGUUUUGCAGCCAUUGGACGGAGUCAGUGGUGGUGAUUCUUGUAUCUGAUUAUGCACAUGUAAACCACCAAUGUUAAAUCAAUGAUUUUGUCUGUGUAGCCAAUGUGUGCUAUGUGCUGUAAAUAUAUUCAUAUGUUUACCGCUUUACAGGAAAAAAUUGCACAUUCUUUCUGAAUGAGACUGCCUCCCCAUAUCCUUUUAAGAAUGAAAGCUCAUUGCAAGUAAGAACUUAUGGUUGAGAAGAGCUCUUUCUAUAUAAAUACUCUAUAAAUAUGUAUAAAUAUACUUUUUUAAAGCAUGGGUAAAGAAAUAAAAAUGCAUUCAUGGAAAGUACUAAGAAAUCAUUAUACAAUGGAAUAUGCACAAGUCAAUAAAGAUAUACUUAAAUUUG